AUGUGGAAUGGUACAGCGUACAUGAAAAAGUGUGUGGCGUUGCGUGAAAUGGCUCAGCGUAAUGUCGAAUGGUACAGCGUUCACACAAAUGGUGUAGUGUUACGUCGAAUAGCUUUGCUUAGUAUUACAUGAAAUAUUUGGAUGUUGUGGCGAAUGGUCGAGCUCGCUUGUGGCGUGGCGAGAAGGCU